AUUCUUCUGAUACUUCUAUUUCUUUCGCCUAUUGUUGUGACUCUUGAUCAGUUGUUUAGAUAUUCCUACCCCAAUCUUGCUGGUACUUAUUAGAAAGAACUAGUAAUAGAAAAAAAAAAGUACAAAUCGUAACAACGACAACAACAAUAACAACAAAGUAACGGCCAUGACGAAAAAUAAAUCUACUUCUAAAGCAACAAAGCUAGCCACAGAAGCAAAGAGAACUAAAAAGACUAUGACAAAAGAGUCGAGCAAACCUGUUGAAGUCCUACAUAAAGCGAAGGAACAAUUUGUUUUAUCUAAAACUAUCGGUGGGAAUAUCAGCCAAAGUCCUAUCGAGUUCACCAAGGAUUCAAAAUAUUUCUUUUCAGGGGUUGGAUCUGCCAUCAAGAUUUUUAGUAUUGCGACUGGUGCAGCUGUCAAAGUAUUGUCAAGAUCUUCUGGAGAAGGAUCUCAUCGAGAUAAGGUUACUGCAGUUUUCCUAAAUCCCAAGAAUCCAUUACAACUGUUCUCAGCUAGUUUGGAUGGAACGAUCAAGUUAUGGGAUUAUAAUGACGAAGUUCUUUUGAAGACUUUCCAUGUUGGUCUGCCUAUUACACAUUUCCUUUUGUCACCAACUGAUCCUGAACAAGUUUAUCUGUUGGUAGCUCCCUACUUACAGAAGAAGAAGAAACAAACAAUUGAUGAAGAUGUUGAUAUGACCUUGGAUAAAAAGAAUAAUUCCAAAAUGGUUCAAGUACUUCAAUAUAGUCUGACCAUCUCACCUGGAGAAGAGGAUAAGGAAGACGGAAAUCGAUCGCGUUUGGUGGCUGAAUUGGAUGAUUGUCACUGUAUUGCUAUUUCUGCUGAUGGAACUUAUCUUGCUCUGGGGACGAUUUUUAAUUUGUAUAUUUGGACUAUCAAUCAAGGUGAAAAUAAGGUUCCUUCUACUCAACUUCAAAGCUAUCUAGUUCGGGAAGGCAUCUCGCAAAUAGCAUUCAAUCCAACAAAAUUAUAUUUGGCCGUUGGACAACGCACAGGACGUAUUACAUUCUACCAUUGUUUUACUCCCGAGACAGUAAAAAAUCCUACUUUGACAUCUCAUCAUUGGCAUUAUAGUCCAGUUCAAUCAUUGAAAUUUAUGCAUGAUGGCAAUUAUCUUCUUUCUGGGGCUGGAGAAUCAGUAUUGGUAGUAUGGCAAUUGGAUACAGGAUUUCGUCGAUUCUUCCCUCGUUGUGGUGGUGAUAUUCGUUAUAUCAAUAUUACGCCUAAUCACAAGUAUUUCUCUCUGUCAUUGGGAGAUAACUCUAUUCGACUAAUCAAUGGAGUCACGCAAGCUGUGGAACAAGUUAUUCAGGGCGUACAACAAUGGGAUGCUAGACAAGGACAACUAGAACUUCAAGAACAACAAAACGAUCGAACUUAUAAUAGUACAGAAUCCACUAAUUUAGUAUGGGCAGAAGGCAUGACGGUAGAACCUCGUAAUCAUCAUCUAGUCUUGAAUGGUUCUCCUGGCACUCUACAAUUUUAUGAUGCUAAAGUGGAUAAUCAAGCCUUGGAUUUGGAAAUUAUUCCUAACAGUGGAAAUGCUCGUGCUGUGGUUGGAACUGUUGAUGCUACCAUCGAUCGAGGACAUGUUUCUCAUGUUUCUUUCUCUCCUAAUGGUGAAUGGAUGGCCACUGUUGAUAUGCGAAAUGAUCAAGUCACCGCGGUCGAAGUCUAUCUUAAAUUUUGGUUAUGGGAUCAUGAUCAACAAACUUAUGUUUUACAUACACGUGUAGAUCGUCCUCAUUCGAACGAAAUCACCUCCUUAUGUUUCCAUCCUUCGACCUCUUCACCUAUGGUUGUCACUACCUCCAUGGAUAAAUCAUUCAAAAUAUGGCACCUUACUUCUUAUGAACCAAGAGAAUCGAUCGUCAUCGAUCAAUCUGCUUGGACAUGUCGCUCAGUUGGUGUAUAUCGUGACUUUUGGCCCACUGCUUCUACCUUUUCUCUUGAUGGAAGUAUGUUGACUGUCGCUUUUGGUCCAGUAGUCACUGUUUGGGAUCCUUAUCAAAAUGUUUUACAAGGUGUUCUUACUACUCCAGAAGUGGAUUAUAUCAAAUCUUUACAUUUUGUCAAUGAUACUCCUUAUCUUGUUUCAAGAAGCAAAACUCAUCUGUUUGUAUGGAAUUUGCUGACUUGUACAGUUUGGUGGAGUUAUCAAAUGCGAACAAGAUAUGUAUCUGUGGAUCCAAGAGCAGAUCGAUUUGUGGUCGUUGUCAAGGAUGAUAAGAAUGAAAUGUCUCAAUUGGUUUUAUUUGAACCUUCUUCUCCUCAGCCAUUACUUGUCCAGUUAUUGAACUAUGUAUGUCAAGGUGUUGCGUGGGUACCCUUUUCUCAACAGCCUAAUCAACAUCAUCAAAAUAGAGCAGAUGUUGAUGGUAAACAAAAUGGAAUUCGCGAUCCUACACCAUCUACUAAACUGACAGGCAGCGAUUUGGCCUAUUUGCAACCUAACCAUACCAUCAAGAUUUUGUCUAUCAUUAACGCUAGCAAUAAGGUCGGUAAAAAGGAGAAUAAUCAGAUUAAAGAACAAGAAGAAGGGGUCACUCCUUUAGCGACAAUCAAAGAUCCAAGCUUACUUGAUGACACCUAUGGUUCCCGACAACAACAAAAGAAGAAGGAUGCCUUGCAACUUCAAUCACGUCUUCAUGCUAAUGUUUUGAUGCGAGAAGAUGCAAUUCAUGGUAAAAAUAGGACAAAAUCAAGCAAUAACGCCUCUCAAGUCGACGGGCUUUUGGACGCACCCAGCCACGUGCUACCUAGUGUUGAUACAUUAUUUGAAACCUUUAUGACGACUUUGAUGGAUCUAAGAGUAUCAGAAAAGUGUGAUGAUGAUGACAGUAACCGUGCUGAUGCUGAAGUUGACGUUAUGGACUGGUCUAAUUCUGAUCGACCUCUUCCUUCUGUCACAAAUGAUGCAACAACAACAAGCAAAGAUACCAUAGUCAGUGCAACAUCACCUUUAUCAUUAUCCACACUAGAUCAACUCCCUCUAGUAGAUGCUUAUUUUGCCAGUAUAGCAAGUAAUCAAACCUCUUCAAUUGCAUUCUCCACCAAUGAUUCAUCAUCAUCAUCAUCAUCUGAUGACGAUGAUAACGAAGAUGAGGAAGAUGUAGAAAAUAUUGACUGGUGAUGAUGAUUGAGUCACUUUAUUCUUUUUUUUUUCCUUUUUUUAUUUUUUUUUUUAUUUUUUUAUUUUUUUU